AUUAGAAUCAAUAUUAGCAAAAUGGAGAAAACUGUAUCGAGAAAAGUAGUUGUUCUUGCCAUUUUGUUGUCUCUUUCAUGUUUGUGUAUAGCAAAAGCAUCAAAGGGAGAAGAAAAAACUAGUGGAGAACUAAGAGAUGUAACACCGCAACGAGGAGGGCCUUGCAGCUACGACAAUUUAUGCCACAACCAUUGUCCUGGUUGUAAAAUUACUCAAUGUGUCAAUGGAGAAUGUGUUUGCUUAAUCUGUUACACACCACCAUUAUAAUUAAGUGUUAAAUCGCAUAUGUAACUCUAAGAAGCAUAAUAAUAAUAAAUUGAUAACU